AUGUUGACGAAGACGGGCGUGCUACGCUUAUCUGUUGCAUGUAACUCAACUCAGCCAGUGCGCGCGAAAGCGGGGCGCGAUGCUGCAAAGCGUCUGCAGGCAACCUCAUCUGCUGCACCAUUGGCUAUGAAGAAUCAGGCGCAGAAGGGUGCAGUGCUGGACGGUUUCGUCGAAUUUAUGAUCAAGAAAACAUUCAUGGCCGAAGUGAAAAAUCGAAUCGAGAACUCGAAUUUGUGUGAGGAGUUUGAUUGGACUCAAACUGAGAUCAUUCAUGCAGCUCGAGUGCCGAUACUGCACCUACAAACACGUAAUCAUAUGCAAGUUGAUAUUCAGUUCGAGAAAUAUGCAUCAAUUAGGAAUACUCAUUAUGUCCGUCACUGUGUUCAGUGCACGGGUUCUUAUGGUAUUCAGCCAGUUCUUCCUGUAGUAUUCAAAAAAUUCAAAGAGAGCCUGCGGCCUUCGCUUCCAAUUCAACAAAUAGCUUUAGCACUGUCUGGAAAGCCUGUAUGUGCAUUUUAA